AUGGUUCGAUUAUGGGAUUAUAUCUACUCUGAUUGUUGUAGGUGCUGGUUGCGUGAGUGGCGGUUGACUUGGUUGGCAACAAGAAGAGGGGUGGGUAUCAUAAAUGACGCAUCGUUCUGA